GUAAAUUAAAUUCUUGUUUUUUUGUUUUUGAUCAAAAUGAUAUCAUACGCAACGCAUCCAACAGAAACUACACACACCGAACCUGUUUUCCCGAGAUUACGGAUAUUUUUUUGCCACUGGCAUCCCCGCGAUCGACCGUCGGCCGCGGGGCGAGGCGGGGGACGCAGCUGUCAAAUCGAAUUAAAAACCUGCCGAAAUAGCUCUUUUCUACAUCACAUUUUAACGUUGGUUUUGCAGGCUAAAACCGUUUUUAGUUAAACAAAAUUGGAAAACAACGCGUUAUCUCGUUUGUGUUAUGUAUAUUGUGUCCGGUCCGUGUUUAAAACGCUAAUAAUUCAAUCAGUUUUGGGGCUUUCGCAUUGCGUCGCGCGGCUGGAUCGGUACCCAGCUAUUUUUGUUUUUAGCCCAGUUUUAGUGUAAAUAUUGUUUUGGUGUUGAAACUGGUCGGACAGUGCGUUUUCAGUUCUAUUCCGGUUGUAAAAUCGAUUGCCUUCGAGCCAGCGGACCGUAAAACAACGAGUUUCAAGUUUCAACUGUUCUAUUGCAAACAAAAAUUCACUUUCUCAGUGCCCGUGCUGUUAAUUAGUGCCAAAUGAAGUGCUUAAACUGAUCGUGUGAAAAAAAAAACUGUGCCAAAAAUUUACCUCAAUAAUUUGGAUGCUCUAACUUUAUUUUUCUAUGGUGCAUUUUGUAUCCAGCCAGCAUUGACUGUCCAAUAGUUCCAAAACAAAAGAGUUCUAAUUUUAAAUAACUGGCUGGUGUAGAAAAAAGUUUACCCUCAUGGAGGAUGUAGCAAAAGUGUUUGUUCCAAGCUUAGUUUGAGGAUGAGACGGGUGUUUGGGGUGUGCACCGACUCCUGGCUGCUCUGCGGACAGAAUGUGAGGCGUAGCUGUCACUAGAUGUUGUCUGGCUCCCCGCACGGGUCGGUGAUGUCCUGCCAGUCGCUGGCCGCGCGCGCCUACUCCGACCCCGCCGCGGACAUGACGCACUGCGCUGGCUUCCACAGAUCGGUCCGCUUCAGCUCAGAGUCCCGCAGCUCGACGAGGGCGUCCCACAAUGAGGCGCACACAAGCGACAAGAGGGAGAACUCAGGUUCGAUCUCGCUGGUGGCGUUAUCAGUGUCUCCCGUGACGUCGCAGGCGUCCGUCAUGAGCCAGUCCGCGCCCGCGCCGCAGACGCACAGCGACGACGACGCGCCGCCGCCCGCGCCGGCCGCCUGCCGCUUCCCGAAGCUCGAGGAAUGCGCUCACUUCCACUACGAGCGAGUGUCGCUCGGCGGACUGUCCAUAGAGACCAUGCCGUGCCCGCAGGACCAUCAUUCUGACUGUGAUGAUGGAGAAGGUUGGAUCUGCAUAAAGGUGCGUUCGCACGUGGUGCGCGGCGCGGACGGCGCGGAUUCGGGCGGCGAGCACGAGUGGAGCCUGUCGCGCAACAAGGAGAUGCUGCUGCAACUAGACGACAUGCUACACAGAUGCAUAUACGACCGCAAGGUGUCCGGCCUGCCGGAUCUCUCGGCGGAGAUGCCGGCCUCAGUGACCACCAGCCUGGAGACAUACCGCAGUCUGAUAGCGGACUACCUCCACCACUUGUCUAUUAUAGCGGACGACGCGCUCAACUGUGGUCCUGUGCUGAACUGGCUGCAGAUGGAUAAUAAAGGUCACAAGCUGCUGGUGGCCAACGAGGACUGCAACUCCAUCAACACGCCCGCCGUGGCCGCCGCCUACUCCGUCAGGAAAUAUGUGUCGCAGGCUCGGGAUGAAAUCAGUUUCGAGGUUGGCGAUAUGAUAUCCAUCAUUGACAUGCCAGGUCCCCAAGAAUCCCUCUGGUGGCGCGGCAAGCGUGGUUUCCGAGUCGGCUUCUUCCCGCACCACUGCGUGGCCGUCAUCGGGGACAAGGUGCCCCGCCACAUGACGCAGCCGCCGCCCAUCGUCGGCUCAGUAGCAGUAGCACCAAUCAAACCCGUCCUGCGCAAGCACGGCAAACUUAUCUCUCUCUUCCGAAGCUUCAUCCUCUCCCGGCCGUCCCGCCGGAGCCUCAAGCAGCAGGGCAUCCUUCGAGAGCGCGUGUUCGGCUGCGACCUCGGCGAGCACCUGCUCAACUGCGGGCACACGGUGCCCCUAGUCCUGGUCGAAUGCGCCCGAGUGAUCGAAGAACGUGGAGCCGUAGACGGCAUCUACCGGCUAUCCGGCGGCUCGGGGCUGACGCAGCGUCUGCGCGCCGCCUUCGACUCGGGCUCGACCCCCGACCUGGCGGCGCCGCCCGUCGCGCGCGACCCCCACGCCCUGGCUAGCUUGCUCAAGAUGUACUUCAGAGAGCUGCCAAACCCUCUCUGCACGUACCAGCUGUACAACAGCUUCGUCAGCUCAGUACAAGCUGGAACGGACGAAGCGGACCGUAUCGCCAGCAUGCGCCGCACUAUUGUGAAGUUGCCGCCGCCGCAUUACAGAACGCUAGCAUACCUGAUGCAGCACCUCCGCCGCGUGUCAUCCCUCCACGCGCAAACCGGCAUGACGCCGCGCAACAUGGCCAUCGUGUGGGCGCCCAACUUACUGCGCUCGCCCGCCGCGCACGCGCUGCACGGGAUCGCGCAGCAGGCGGUAGUAACCGAGUUCCUGAUCUGCUACGCUCAGCAACUCUUCAGUUCAGAUCAGGAUCCGGACUGCGGCGAGGAGCCGGCCUUGCCGAGCUUCACGCACGCGCACCACCUGCUCGAUCUGGAGGAAGCGCAGCGUCGCGGGCGCGCGAACGUGUCGAUCUCGGCCGUGCCCGCGCUGCCGCCGCCGUCGGGAGCCAUCGCCGCCGCCGCCGCCACCAUACUGAAGCCUGAGACGGACCAUAAGACUAAUUAUAUUGAGGUUGGAUCCGGCCCCAACAACCUUCCGCAGUACCACACCAUCCUGGAGCUGCCUGCGCCAGGAGCCAAGCGCGGCUUAAAACGGUCUCCAAGCGGCUGGCGCGGGCUGUUCUCGCGCAGCAAGCAGCGCCCGCGCCGCGCGCCGCCGCCGCCCGCCCCCGCCGCCUGCACCGACAUCCCGAUGGUGUCGUCGCCCUCGCUGCGUCCCGUGAAGUCGUGCGAGUCCCUGCAGUCGGAGAGCGACACCGUGUCGCCGCUGAGAGACCGCCCGACCGCGCCGCUCAAACAACACACACGCUCAGCGUCGUGCGACUCGUACUUCGAGGCGUGGCAGGCGGAGCUGGCCGGCAUGCGCGUGCGCCUCGCGCCGCAGGAGCGCGACCGCCGCAUGUUCAGCGAGGAGCACGGCCCGGGCUCUCUCUCUCUCUGCUCGUCGCCUCUCUCCUCGGAGCCGUGCAGCGCGGAGCCGAGCCCGCGCCGCGCGCACGCUGAUGUGCACCAGGAGCCCGCUGAGAGAAAACGUUGCGCCAUAGAGGAUGAGCUAGCCUCCAUCGCGUACAUCGACGGCGGGGACUCCCCGCGCGCGCAGCCGCCGCCCGCCAAGGAACUCAGCUCCGCCAAACGAUUAUGCAAGGACCGCGACAGCCCCAAAGCUUCCAUCUCGGACUUCCAAUCCGCCACCGUCAACGUCAAACUGAGAGAACGCAACUCGCCGAGGAAAGCUCGCUACUCGACUCGCUACAGCGGCCUCCACCACCCCGUCAGCGGUCUGACAAGCGAGCUGUCAAACCAUGACAGACCUGUCACUGUCAACCAAAAUGGCCGCCUGACUUGGCACGGCAAAGAUGGACACUCGACGCUGAUAAAAAUAGACUGGCCGCAGGAAAAUUCGUCUAUAAGCAAUUUGACGUCAAGCACAAUCAAUUCUAGUCCAGUAACGCCUGUUACGCCGAUUUAUGAUCAGUUGGAAUCGGAUUCCGAAGUUUCGGAGGCGAAUAAUAAACAUACGAUUAAGAUUACUGAGAAUAAAAACUGCGAUAAUUGUCACAAGGAGAAAUGUUUGAAGUGUGAGCUCAAAGCUACGGACUACGAACAUCUGAAGGCCGAUUUCAAGAUAGGGCAGCCGGUUACUUCGAAAUCUAGUUCGAAUGAUGCGAUACAGUUGCAUGACAGUCUAGAGCCGAGCCCGGUGCAUUCCACGGAUAUAAGCUAUCAAAACUUGAACAGAUUGUCCGCUAUAUCUACGUCGUCUAAUUCGGAACACAAUUCGCACAAGAAAGAGCUGGAACACGCGGUUUUAGACCGAAAAUCGGUGAUGACGUCAUCGCAUGAAAGCUCUUCAAGCUACUCCAAUCCGUCGAAGCAAGAUGACUUGUACGAACCCUACACUUUUACUCGACCAAAUUACAUAAAUCUGCAUUCUAGCAGCACCUCCAAAAGCAGCCCUAGUAGCCCCCUAAAAAGCCCCCUAAAAUCCACUAUAAGUAUCACCUUUAGAUCGCCAACGAAAAGCGCUAAGACUCCCGAUUACGAGUUGAUAGAGAACACCGAAACUCCGACCAACGAAAGGGAUUCGGUGUACGAAGAUAUAGAUUUGGAAAAGAAUCUGUCGAUAGUUGAGGACGCGUCUAUUCCGGAUACGGAUGCAAGUUUGCCGACACAGCAGGCCUGCCAACCUGACAGCUUCAACCAAGACCUGAUCAUUCUAGAAACACCGACGGAACAAUACCAAAAUGACGCCGACGUUUACAGCCAAGUGAAGUUCUUCAAAAAGUCCAUAGAGGAAGUCAACGCUAUGAUGUUUGAGGCGCCAGAAAAGCCUGUCUCUAGGUAUUAUGAAAAUGUGUCUUUCCCAGCCAAGUCUGUUAGGAGUAAUAACGAUUAUGAGAAUAUUAAUGUGGAGACGCUCAGGAUAUGUGAUAAGGAUGCAGAAACAUCUAAUGAUAAUUCAGAUCUGAUUAAAGAUAAGGGUGAGAGCGAUGUUGAAGUGACAGUUGAGAAUAUAAACGGUAAUGUUGUUAAGAAACAGAAACAAAAGAAUUUAAACGUUCGUGAGUUGGCUACUAGAUUCGAGAGCCCUACUGAACAGAAAAGUCCGUUUUCCUUCGAGAAAUUCAAAGCGGAAAUUAAAUAUCCUACUUUAGAGCGAAAAGAUGAAGACAAAGUCGAACUUCGACAGAAAGACAAGCCGACUGUUUCGCCGAAAAGCUUUCGACUUUCGAAGCAUUCGACCAGCGCUCGGUCGCUCGACGAAAACGCGUUUAUACAAGAAUUCGGCUCAGAGAAAGUCAAAGAUAAGAGAAAAAGUCUAGAACCGGCCGAUGUGAAGAAGCGAGACAAAUUCCUUCCCGACCUCAACUUGAAUUUAGAAGAAACACACACAAAGACCGAAAGUAUUACACCGACAACCGAAAACAAAAUUAGCCUAAUACAAAGAUUCGAAAAGCCAGAUCUGAAAAACAUUAUAGGCUUUGAAACGGAGAAGAAAUUAAGCCGCGAACGCAUAGAGAAAUACAAGGAGGAGCGAAGAAAUUUCCUUCGAGAGAAAUACAGUUCGCAAUCCUUCAGAAGUAACCCAGAACAUUUGACGCGAAUCAAAAUUAAAAAAGACUCAGAAAGCGACAAAGAUGACUGCGAUAGACUCAAAGAUGAUGAGCCUAAGUUUGAGAGACGCAACACUGUGGAUUUAGGACAGAGAAUGCGGUUUAGUUUGGCCAAAAGUGAUAAUAGUCUGGACACGAUACAGAGUCCCGAUGGAGAUAGGACCGUGGAGCUGGGCGAGGCUUGCGGGACCUAUGAUGCGGACGCCAUGAGAGAGUUUGACAGGACAGAAAAGGUGUCUCCGUCAUACAACAUUCGCGAUAUGGCGGCCAUGUUUGAACAGAAGUCACAAAACAGUGGGACCGGUUGACGCCCGCGCUAUAUACAACACUAACACAUUAUAUACCUGCUAAAUACAUAGCUGAACAACACAUGUUGCCUGUGGAACAAAAUAGUCUUAACGUUAACGGGAAAGGGUUAAACUAAUCGUAGAUGGCGCUAGCUGCCGCGCUGUCUUCUGAUUGGUCGGCGCGGCCGCCAUUUUGAUUACGGAAUUUUCUGAUUGGCUGAUGUUAAAACGAUAGUGCUGCCAUAGUUUCGCUUUUUCACGGCCCUAUUUGGUACUGCAGUGGUUAUUUUUCUCAUUGUUUUUUUUAUGCUAAGCGUGUAUUGGAUAGUCUUAAACAUAUUAAAGUUAUGAGGGAAUGGAAUGGCUAAGGGUUUAGGGUUGGAAAACGUAAGUUUGUAUUGUGUUUAAGUGAAGAAAGAAAAGUUUAAUAUGUUUAAGUGGUUAUUAAAAUAUGUUUUUGAAAGUAUUGGUUGGGAAUACGAUCUUAAUUAAAUGUGUGGAUCACAUUAGGUGACUAGACUCGUCAUUCUCAUCAAUAUUUUCAACGCAGAUUCGUUUCCGUUAUAUAUUUAUUUAUAUUACUCUGAUAACUUUAGUUAGCAUCACAAAGUUAGUAUUACUAUUUUUAUUGACUUUUUUUCGAUUAUCAUUUUAUACUGUAAUCUGUUAUGUUAGUUGUAAGUUUUUGUAUAUGCACUUUGCUUUGUAAUAAUUGUGUCUACAAUGAAUUUUAAUCUACAAUUUGAAUCUCAUUUGUUUUUGGCAGGCGGUGUUUAUGAAUAUGAUGUUUUAUUGUCUAUUGUGGGAUUUUCAGAGUUUAGAUCAAGAUAAAAACAUAAUAAACUAUAAUUCUCACACGAGUAGAUAAAGCUAAAUGGCUGUCUCGUUUUGCGGUACAUUUGUAUGGAUUAUAUUCCUGUCUUGGAUUAACAAUAUACGAAGAUGGAGUGUCAGUGCAAUGAAAAUUUUGGGCGACAUCUAUGGACCGCUUUUUGAACUAACUUCUGAACAUCUCAAAAGUGUUGGCAGUCAGUAGCCGUGUCGUUUGCCAGAUAAAAAACAUAGUUAGAAAAAAAACAGUGUUGUGUUGCCAUAAUCGUAUGAAAAAAAUGCAUUUAUUAUAUUUUUGUAAGCAAUAACUACCUGUGUCUAGUGUGUAGACUGUUAGUGCUUUCAAUAUAAUUAUUGUGAAAUGCGUUAUGUGAAUUGUAAAUCUAUUUUUUUUUUUCAAAUUGCUGAAAAAAAAUCCAAGUAGGUAUGUAUUGUCUUAGAUUUUUGGGUUCUGAAACAGUGAAUUUCUAUUGUUAUUAUUGAAGUUAAAGAA